AUGAAACAAGGAGGGGAGACGCAGAAAAGAGGGAAGCGCGGCGGCCAGGCAGAACGGAAGAAAAAGCCCUUACGACGAAGGAACGCCCCGCGAGCGGGAGGACAAAGGUCGUCGCGGGCCAAGUUCCCUCCUGCGGCGCGGCCAUUUGUUCCACCCGGGCCACGAGGUGUCGCAAAACGCUUUUCGCUGGCGGAUCUCACGAGCAGCUGGAGGUGUAAAGGUGUCCUCAAGCAGCGCCCACCGAAGUCUUUGCGGAGAAGUUAUAGGAACCGCCCUGAUGAGAGUGUCUUCACGAAGAACCUCCUUAUUCACCGCCUAGUUUUUCCUCCCGGCUAUGCCGAUCCUGCGGACAACGAUUCCGACGGUAGCCACAAGGGAAAAAAGCAGAUUUACGUUCAAUUUCGUUUGGCAAGGAAAUGCCCGUCACCGCAACCUUCUCCACUGCAGCACCAAGCUACCCACAGCCGCCGAUUUGGGUUUCCAGAACAUCGUCUGUUCCGACGCCGUGGGAGUGCGUGUUUGCUAUCCGCUUCUCUCUAUGCCGUUGCUUUUUUUGGACGCUCUCUUGUGCCGCACAGCUGCUCUGCACUUAUAGGCACUGACAAACACACAAGCACAUUUAAACACGCACACACACACAGAGAAACACACGCCACAUCGUACAUGCUUUGGAGCGGCGUGAACACUGAAAACGCAGAGACACACACACAAGAUUCUGGCUGCGGUGGCUUUUGCGAGGAGGGAAAAAGCCUGCAAUUCAUUUUUCUGCCAUGUUGCGGGUGCAAUGUUGGCGGCAUGCAGCUGAUUGGGUGGUAUGUCAUUGAGGGUGCCUGGGGUACGUGCGUAUCGCCUCCCGCACAGCGCCUGCACGUGCUGCCGUUUCUCUUUUGCUGCUCAUCGGCCGAUGUGGGAUUCUCCGACUGUGCGGGGUGA